AUGUCAAUGUUAGAUGAUAGUAAUACAGUUUUAUGUGUUACAAAAGUUGGAAGUUUAUUUGAAUUCGAUACGUCAUUUGAAUCUUGUAGUAAAUAUGGUUUUUUCAAUGGUGAUUUAGUUGAAACUACUUCUGGUCAAGGUUUAGUUGUUGGUGUAAGAGAUAAUCAAUUGUGGUUUGAAAUAUUCGAUCACGAUGGAGCGUCCUAUUGGGAUAAUGGAUAUGAUUAUCAUGACCUGGUGAAUGAUGUUAAUGUGAAAUUGAUAUCUUUCAAUAAUAAAGAGGGAGAGCAAGAGGUCGGAGAAGGAGAAGAAACUGAGAGGAAGAAGAACAAGAUGGUUAAAGACAAUAGCUAUUAUCAUUCACAGUUUAGUGAUGGUAGCAACCAUCGUUGUAAUAAUACAACAUGUAGAGAACAACACCAUACCGAUGUCAUUCGAAGAGUUCUCUGUCAGAAGUACUUGUUUCGAUAUAUCAUAAAGUCAUUCGACAUCUUUGCCUAUCGUAAAACGCUGUAUUCUCAGCCGCGCGAUGCCUAUCAUUCACUGAGGAUCUGGCGAUACGACUACCACAAUAUUGUAGAUGCCAAUUGGAUGAUUACCAAUGGUCAUUUCGGUCUGUUGGCAGAUAAGAUAAGAGAUGGCGCCAAUCUUUCCUAUGAACCAUUCGAAGGAGGAGUAAUCAAAUUCUUUAAGAAUAUGCCAUGGGAUAUCUUUAAACAUUUGUUCCCUAGGUAUAGAGAUGAGAUAUUAGGAGAAGAGACAUUAUACGAGACAUUGACCAAAGUAGUUUUUCAAUUCGGUCGUAAAGAUAUCGCAGAAUAUUUGCAAUCGGAAUUUACAUCGUUGUUUGAGAACGACCCAGCACGGGCAAAGGAUGCAUUCAUCCUUGCCGUCUCAAACUACCAAGUUGAAAUGCUUCCUUUUUGUGUUGGAUUGUUAAAGGAUAAAUGCCCUAUCCCAUCCAAUUGUCAAUUUAACCUGGAGAUAGCAAGAUUUUUAGCGUCAAACAAUAUAGAUUUGUUUAUAAACUAUCUUGAAUCCAGUGUUGAAAUGUCUGAAAGUUUCUAUCUGUCAGGUGAUUGUCAAUUGUUCAAGUUGUUAGAAGAUCCUGCAAAUCCCAUUCAGAUUGUAGUCCUUCAAAGGAGUAUUGUCAAUACUCUAAACUCUCUCGAACCAUUGGUCAACUCAACCAUUAGUUUAGAUUUGAUAGUCCAUGACUCAAUGAAUGAAUCAAUUUACAACUAUGGAAACACUCAACAAAUUAAAUGGUCAAACCUCAGUGGUAAUAUUAAUACACCACCAGUAUCAAUUAAGCUUACCAACCACCAUACAACAGAAAUAAUUCAAACAAUCGCUCAGUUCCAUGAUGCCAGAAAUAUUCUUUGGAUUCUGGAGGACCUGGAGGAUUAUGACGGACAUGGAAUUGGAUAUUUGAUAAAGACAUUAGGAAUCACUCCUGUUGUGAGCUCAAGCCUCUAUGACCUCAGUAAAUCAUUGUUUAAACGUGAUCUCUUUGAAUAUGGACAUCUCCUAACACCAGAGAAAGAGAUGAAACUGUCAGAUCCAACAGAUAAGUUCAGGCAAACAUUACCAUCAUUGGAGUCACUGAAAUACAUACAAUCGUUGAAUCCAGAGUUUAUCAAUGUCGCAUUCGAAUCGAUUGACCAGUGGACAAAGGUAGAGUCACUUCAAUUCUUCUUGGACCAUUGUUCAAAGAUCACCAAUAGAAAUACAUACUAUCGAUUCUUACUUCAAUCAUUAUGGGAUUCAAUUGCAUGUGGUCGAUUGGAUCUGGUGAUAUGUUUGUUCCAACACAAACCAAGAACCAAUUGUGGCUUUGAAUUGGAAAUUGCAAUUCAUUAUGAUAGAUGCGAUAUUGCAAAGUUUAUCAUCGAGAGGAUCACUUCAGUUGAAGACUUGCACUGGCAGCCAAGACUAUUUAGAAAAUUACCUUUACAAUUCAAUAUACUCCAAUUUUUUGUUGAAAGUUUUUCAUGUAUUAUUUCAGAGGAAACCCAUGUGACACCAAUGAUGGAUGUAUCCAUUAAGUGUGGACUCAUCAAUUCUUUUUCUUAUCUUUUGGAGAAGUUUCCCUGUGCCUAUUAUAAUAUCCAUGAAUGCCUACGACAUAAUGGAGGUGAAAUAUUGGACUUUAUUAUAAACCAAAUGAACAACAAACAAAGAGUAGAGAAAACAGCUAAAUUUGAAGAUAUUUUCAGUCGAGCAUAUCAUAAAGGAUUCACCGAUAUUAUAUCAGUACUAGAGAAACAUAAUCUUUUAUUAAAACCACAAAGUGAAACCAAAAAAUAA